AUAAUAAUUUACAUGAACAAAAUUAAGAAGAAUAUGAAAGACGCAAUUGAGACAUUUAAAACAAAAAUCUUAGCAUGGACACCAAAAACCCAAUAUGCUUCGCUAAUACAUAUCAUUAUCAUUAAUGAGAUAUUUGCUCUACGUAUAUUUGAAUCAAAAAAAACAAUUACGAUAUGGCUGGAGUAUAAUAUACGCUAGCAUAUGUAUAAUUUUAUUUCUUGUAUUUUUAAAUACAAUAAUAAAUAUAAAUUAUAAAAGAUGGUUUGCAUACAAUGAAAUCAGUCAUAAAUUGGCUUCAUACAUUAAUGUUACAUGCGUCGUGAUUUUUAUAAUUCUUGGAAUGCUGAAUACAGAACGUUCGAGGAAAAUUAUUGCAAGAUGUGAACAAAUAGAUAAUACUUUAGAAUCAUUUGGAAUUGAGAAAAAUUACCGAAAAACUUUUCUUUGCGUUACACAAACAUUAAUUACAUCUGGCAUAAUAAUGAUAAGCAUUAUUUCGCUAGAUUGCUAUUCUAUUAUUUCCAUUCAAUACCAAAUCGAUUUAAAUGUUUUUAUACAUAUAUCAAUAAUAACUAUGAGUUUAGGUAUUCUUACUUUCACCAUAUUGAUAAGUAUUUUACAGGAUAAGUUGCAUAAGAUAAACAAGAUUAUGAAAGAGAUGUGUCAGCUAUCAAAUACAAAAGAUAUUAAUAUAAGGUAUAAAAUGCAAUCAUUUAUUGUAUAUAAAUUUGUAAUUAUAAUGGAUUAUAAUAAUAAAAAAUAUUUUGUUCAACAUUUUCUUCAAGUUACAAGGCAUAUUCAUUUUGAGAUUCUGAAACUUUCACGUGAACUUAACCAAGCAUAUACUUAUCAAAUUGUAUUAGAUUUAAUAAUGCAAUUUUCAUCACUAUUGAGUGUGCUUUAUAAUGGAUAUUUUUAUUUAAUAUCCUUGAAAUUGUCAGAAAUAUUGUCAAAUAAAGGACUUAUAGGAUUCUUCAUGUGGAUUCUUCUAUUUUUUAUAAAAAUUAUCUUUUUAAAUAAUCAUUAUACUAAAUUCUACCGCGAGGUAGAAAUAACAGCACAUUUGCUUCAAGAAUUGGAUAUUUGCUACUUGGAUAAUUCCAUUAGAAACGAGAUACAACAAUUUUUAUUACAACUUCUACUUCAUCUUAAAAUUACUGCUGGUGGUUACAUUCUUAGCAACAAAUUAUCAACAAAAUUUUUUGGUACUCUAAUCACUUAUUUGGUUGUAUUCAUACAAAUAACUAUAUCGACAAGUAUGAAAUAAAAUUCUUAGACAAAAUCCUUGAGGAUUAAUGAUUUAUUACUAUUAAAAUCAUGAUUCGUUAUUAUCUAUUAUAUUAUCUAUUAUAUUUUAUAGCAUUAUACAUUAUUGUA